AUGAGGUCCAGGUUGCCUCAAGCCGCUUUGCAGCCCUUCAUUCUAGGACUGUUGCUGUCACUGGUGGACGCCAAAGGAACCUUCUAUGGAACAGGCCAUGGGAACCCGUUCUAUGGAGGAGGCCAUGGCAACAGAUACAACCUGUACAAGUCUGGAGUCAACUCACACUACACCCCGGGCAAACCCAUGGGCCGCCACAAAAACCACUGUGCACAUGUGGUCCAGAAGAACAUCACGUGUACGAUUGAGGACGGCAUGGCCACCUACGUGAAGGCAGAGUACACCACCAAGUGCAUCUGGGGGCAGAAGUGUCCUGUCGUCAUGUACCGGACCUUCUACAAGCCUAAGUAUAAGGUGGGCUAUAAGAGAAUUACUGAGCUGCAGUGGAGGUGUUGUCCUGGCUACUCUGGGGAGAACUGCUACGAUGGACCCACCUCUCUGCCCCCCUUCAAAGGGGGUGCCCCACACCGACCAGGGAUCAAGUACCCCCAUGGGCACCCCCAACCUCCCCUGAUCCACAAACCUGUCCCUGGUGGGGCUAAUCUGGAGCCAGGGAGCCCCUUCCCAAAUCAGCCGGAUAGCAGACCCAUCCCCACUGGACAACUGCCCACCGGGACCGGCAAACCCAACUAUGGUAAUAAAGUUGGUGGAGACCGUCUAGAUCGUAUGGAGGAGGAGCUGCGUCGUCUGACCCAGGAUCUGGACAUCCUGAACGGGUUGAUGGUCAGCCUAGAAGACCGCCUGCGCCUCUCUCUCCAGGAGGACACAAAGAAUAUGCUGGGCUCCCUGCUCUCCACCGUCCCCCGUCUUUCAGACUCCUCUGUUGGCUUUGGGGUGAUCCCAGACGGCACCCCAGAUGGCCUGGAGGGAGGAGAGGGACUCCCUGGGUUUGGAGACCUGGCUGGGAGGGUGACAGAGGUGAAGGAUGAGCUCAAAGCCAAAGGACAUGUGCUUGAGGAGAUACAGGGCAUGGUUCUGGGUCAUGAAGGGCAGCUGAAAAAGCUGUUGGAAGCUGCGACUGGCAGGCCCAUCACUGGGUCAGUCUCUCCCUCCAUCCUGGAGGAGCUGCUGGAUGCUAAACUAGCAGGUGUCCGCGCUGACAUCCUGGACGGCUUCGAGAGGCGUCUGUCUGGCCUGGAGAGCCGCUGUGAGGAGAGGAUAGGAGAGGUCCAGAGGCAGUGCCAUAAUGAACACAUGAACGGCCAGGAGCACAUACAGCAGUCUCUGGACGGCAGAGAAACUGGACUGAGAGAGGAGCUGGGUACUCUGCAGGCACAGAUACAGGGACUCACCCUCACUGAGAGCUGCUGUGGACAGGUGAACAGCCUAUCGCAGAGGAUGUUGAUGCUAGAGGAGUCAGUGAAGGGCUUAACAGAGUCCCAGCGGGAGCUUCAGGCUGCUCUCACUGACCAGACCAUCCACAUUGAGACCCUGACAGAGGUCCGUCUGGAAGACAUAGACGCCAGGCUCAAUGUCACCGAGUCUGGGGACGUAGGGGUUGGCAAGGUGCCUGGGGGUCUGGACGGCUUCAAGACCCUGCUGAAGGACAAGCUCAAGUCCCUGGAGGAGAGGGUGUUUGUGGCUUUGGAGGAGCUGAGUAACACCACCGCCCCAGCUCUGCUGGAGGGUCAGGUGAUGCCCGCCCUGGAGACAGUCAGGAGGAGGGUGGAAGGAGACCUGGAUUGCAUCCAGAGGAAACUCACAGACCUGGAGCUCCUCUGCACCUCCUCCUGCUCCUACGCCACUCCCCCUGGAGGAGGCGCACGGACAGGCCUAGUGGAGGAGUGUGAGGCGGUGGAGAAGAAGGUGUCAAGCCGUCUGGACUCCCAUGCUGACCAGCUGGACCGUCUCAAUACCACCCUGCAGACCCUACUGAACCGCAUUGCCCAGGAGGACGAGGAAGGCUCUGUCCAGGGAGAGAUCACCCUCCUCAAGAUCAAAGUCAACUCAGUCAACCGCACCCUGAAGGGCCUGAGGAACUCUGUUAGCCUGUUCACUAAGGAAGUGGGCCAUGCUAACGCCACGUGGACACACAAGGAGAAUCAGCUAGCCACCCAGGUCCAGGGUAUCACCCAGCUGGUGGGGCGCCAGGCCUACCUCCUGGGGGCCGGGGAGCACAGACUAGCCCAGCUGAAGGGGGAGCUGGUGAGCCUGAGGAGGAGACUGGCUGGGGAGCUGCAGGGCUGCCGGAGUACGGCCCUGGGGGUGCAGAGGGAGGUGGAGGAGGUGGAUAGUCGAGUGGCCCAGGUGGAGGGACAGUGUGGUAGCCUGGGGGAGCUGGCAGACAACCUAGAGAGGAUCAGGACAGAGCUGGAGAGACACUCAGACUUGCACCUGUCACAGGUCAAAGGAAGGAUGGCCAGUCACACUACACAGCUGGCCGAACUGAAGGGAGAAAUUAAAGACUGUGUCGGAAAGGGCUCAGCCAAUCAGAGGGGAGACCAGUAA